AGUACCCUAACAAGCUUGACCCUGACCUCAAUAUCUCGUCACACGCUCCAAAUCGACCUGAAUUUUUGCAAAAACGGAUAAUUAGUGACUUUUGUCAGGAGAACUAGAAGUACACGCAUUCUGACAAUGUCCAACAUCCCUCCAGAGAUCCAGGAGGCACUUGGAAAUUUAUUGUCGGCAUUGUCGUCCACUGAUAACACAUAUCGUAAGCAAGCAGAAAGUGCUUUGAACAACGAAUGGUUCACGAAGGAUAAGAUCGAUGUAUUGCUGGUGUUUCUCGCAGAGCAGGCAGCUAACGGUGCAGAUGAAAAUACUAGGGCAUUUGCUGCAGUCUUGUUUAGACGCUUUGCCAUCAAAUCCCCAAAUUAUCAAGGGUUUUCUGUCACUGACAGACAGGUGGAUCAUAUAAGUCAUGCUGCAAAGGCCGAAGUUCGUCGGGUGCUUUUGCAAGGUUUCGUUUCCAACCAGACUAAGAAUGUGAGACACAAACUUGCGGAUGCUAUUGCUGAAGUGGCCAAGGAUGAUUUUGAAUGGCCCGAGUUGUUACCAACAAUUUUGCAAGCGACUACUGGGGACCCGGUUAUGAAAGAAUCGUCUUUCAGAAUGAUCACAACUACACCUCAAAUCAUCAGUAAUCAUGAUCUGAAUGAGUCGUUUUUGAAAAUGUUCCAUUCUGGUUUUGAGGAUUCAUCUGACGACGUUAGAAUUGCCACAUGUACAGCCUUUGUUGCCUUUUUCGAGAAUUUGCCAAAGUCAACAUGGUCAAUUCUAUCGCAGCUGUUGCCAAAUUUGCUUAACUCUUUACCAAGACUUUUGAGUAAUGGGAAUGAUACAGCAUUGGCUUCAGUUUUGGAAAGUCUCAUUGACUUAGUUAUCCUUGCUCCAAAAAUUUUCAAGCCUAUGUUUGAGACCAUAAUUAGCUUUUGCUCAGAAGUUUCCCAGAACCAAGAGUUAGAGUCAAAUGCAAGAUUGACUGCACUAGAGUUGUUGACGAGUUUCUCAGAGUCAUCUCCAAACAUGUGUAAAAGAGAACCCUCUUAUUCGUCUGCAAUCGUGAUUGUUACAUUGAAGUUGAUGACUGAAGUUUGUAUUGAUGACGAUGAUUGUGCCGAAUGGAAUAAUGUUGAUGAUCCUAAUGAUGAAGGCGAAGAAGAAGAAUAUAAUGCAGCCAGACAAUCCUUGGAUAGAGUAGCUCUCAAAUUGAAUGGUCAAUGUUUAGCGGGUCCUCUCUUUCAAUAUUUGCCACAUAUGUUACAGUCACAAAAUUGGCGUGAAAGACAGGCUGCUUUGAUGGCAUUAUCGUCGGCUACUGAAGGUUGUGCAGAUGUUCUGAUUUCUGAAAUUCCAAAACUGUUGGACCUGAUUUUACCUUCACUGUCCGAUAACCAGCCCAGAGUUCAAUUUGCUUGCUGUAAUGCCUUGGGCCAAAUGUCGACCGAUUUUGCAACUGUAAUCCAAAGGUCAUCAGGUAACAGAAUUUUGCCGGCAUUAAUCUCAAUGUUAUCAACAAGAAACGUACCACGUGUUCAGACACACGCUGCUGCUGCUCUUGUAAACUUUUGUGAAGAGGCAACUAAGGAUAUAGUCGAACCAUAUCUAGAUGAUCUUUUGAACAACUUGCUAUCAUUACUUAAAUCAUCUCCAAAGAGAUAUGUUCAAGAGCAGGUGAUCACAACAAUUGCAGUUGUUGCCGACGCUGCCGAGAAUAGAUUUAUCAAAUAUUAUGAUACCUUAAUGCCAUUAUUAUUGACUGUCAUGAAAUCCGAUGUUGACCACACAAACAGAAGUUUAAUUGCUAAAUCCAUUGAAUGUGCAACUUUGAUUGCUUCUGCAGUGGGUAAAGAGAAGUUUACAGAAAGUGCUACUCAAAUUCUGGAAAUUUUCACAUAUUUGCAAAACAACUUACAGGGUGAUGAUGACCCAGUGAAACCAUACCUUGAAAAGGGUUGGAGCAGAGUUUGUAAAUUGAUUGGCAAGUCGUUUUUACCAUUUUUACCAGGUGUAUUACCACCUUUGUUGGAACAGGCUAAGGCAACUCAAGAUAUUUCCAUCGUCGAAGAAGAGCAGCUCGAAGAAAUCAACCAAAAUGAAGAAUACGAAGUCAUUCAAUUGUCUGGUAAGCAUAUAGCUGUCCAUACCUCCGUGUUGGACGAUAAAGCUUCUGCGAUCGAGAUUAUCAAGCUGUAUGCUGAAGUUUUAGACGACGCAUUUGUGCCUUACGUUUCUGAAAUUGCAAACGAGAUAGUCAUCCCUGGUUUGGAUUUUUAUUUACAUGACGGUGUCAGAGGUACUUGUGCAGUAACUAUGCCUGCCUUGUUAAAGUGCUGUAUUGACUCAACCGGCUCGUCACAGACGGCCGAAUCAUAUACCUUAUGGAAGAGUAUGGCUAAUAAAUUGAUCCCGCAGUUAGAGAGUGACCCUGCUGUUGAACUAUUCUUUGCUUACUACUACGCAUUAUUAAAAUGUCUUGAACUGAUGGGUCCGCAAGCCCUCGAUGAUACGCAGCUGAUUAGUAUAGCGAAAUCGAUCAAUUGUAACUUAUCCGACAUUUAUGAAAGAAUUAAUACCCGAGACGACGUUGACGACGAUUACAACGAAGAAGUGUCUGAAUAUGAUGAUGACUGUUCCGAUGAAGAAUUAUUAGAGGAAGUUGGUAAAGGUAUAAGCUCAGUUUUUGAGAAUUCCGGAGUUAGAUUCAUACCUGGUUUUAUGGAACUUACACCUACAGUCAACAAGUUUCUCUGUGAUGAAAAUCCAAUUUUGAAAAGAUUUGCAAUCCAGGUGAUUUGUGAUUUAAUCAAAUAUGGCGGUAAUGAAACUUUUAAACUUCAUGAGUUAUUCCUUAAUCCAGUUGGUGAAGCUCUUUCUUCAUCUGACUCCAAAGUUCGUGAGAUCGCGUCUAGAUGUGUUGGACUUUGCGCACAAUCACCAAGUAGCUCAGAUUAUUCAACCUUUUGCUUGGCGUGCAUACCAAUACUGACGCAAAUGACAAGCAUCCCAGAUUCUCGUGCACCUGAUAAUAUUGACGCAACAGAAUUCAUGUGUUCUACUCUUGCAUUGAUAAUUCAAUUUUAUGGUGACAGAAUUUCUGACGUUAACGACUUGAUUUCUACAUGGAUUACAUUAUUCCCUGUUUGCCAGAAUGAAGAGGCAGCACGAAUCGCAUACACCUUUCUAUCACAAAUAAUAAAUCAACACCAUCCUUUAGUGUCAACGAAGGUAUCACAGAUUGUGGAUAGUGUUGUACAGGCUCUACUUUACGCCUCAAUUUCAGGUGACACUGCUGCCAAUGUAGUUGCCUCUGUCAAAAGUUUGUUGGCAACUUUACCCGAAGAUCAAAGCAUGGCAAUGCUCAACAGCUACAGCGCUGAAGCAAAAGCUGUUAUAUCAAAGUGGUUUGUAUAAUUUUUUUUUCAUAUCAAAGAUACCUUCUACUUGAGGUUGCUGUAUAUAAUUUAUAUAUUUAGUGAAUAUCUUCAU